AGUGCGUAAUACAUACAUUGUUAAUGAGCGCGAUGACAUUAAAGAGAAGCCUUCACGGGCUUGUAAAUGUGAGGAUAGAAUCAAUUUUUUUAUCGAUUUAUAUAUAAAAGACGACAGAAUUGCGAUGCAGUAAAUAAUUUUCGCAUUAUACUUAUAAGAGUUUCGCGGGCAAAUGGCGGAUCAAUAUUUCACCCCCACGCGGAUCUGAGCGGCAUCCCCAAUUACCAAAGAUUUAUACAAAGUAAUUUAAGUUUUGUGAGUAAAAAAAUCUAUUUCCGUUUUUUCUUUUUUUUUCUUAGCAAAUUUUCAAGUAAUUUUUUCUGUUUUCAUUACAUACGAUGCAUAUCUUUUACACAAUUCUUAAAAGGAAAGCGUUAAAGUGAAAACCACACGGAACAUCAUAUAAGGCAUGAUACAAAGAAUGGUAAUUGGAAAUCACAACUUAGAAAAUUGUUAUAUACAUAUUUAAUAUAAUGCACGAUCGAAAAUUUCGCUUAUUCCAAUUAUUUACUCUCUUUUUCUUUUAUGAACUUCAUAGUGUUCGUAACUAGUGUUCGUAAAAGUAGUGCGUAGUCUUCGCAUUUCCGUUGCAUUUCGUACACAUACCCUUUUUGUAACGAGUCAGUUCUAUUAGGAAUUCUAAUCGAGCUAUCAAGUGCUGUUAUAUGAAAAGUAAAAGAAUAACGCCACCCCUUCAAAGUCGAGCGUGAGAAAAUUCACAAAACGUUUUACUACAUAAUUAAAUUCGCUUUGUGGAUGUGAAGUACCUCGUUGUUUAAAAUUCAUUUUAGGACAAUUAUAAUGUGUGAACAAAGAUGCUGGAUGAACAGCGAUCAGUGUGUUUUCAAGGAAGGAAAACGCUGAUAAUGAAUCCCCAUAAAAUUGAUCACAAUAUUUUAUACUUAAUACAAAGUAAAAAAUUUAAGGAGUUUACACAAUAACUCUUUUGAUGCUGUUAAAAGCAUUCUAAUUAUACAUUGUUGUAUGAAGAAAAAACAAUGCUAUAUAUAUCAGGUGCUGCGCCAAAAUACUACCUCUGCUAUGUGUACAAAGUUAUAAAAUUGAUUGUUUUAAAAGCAAAAUAAAGUUAAUAAAUAUAUAUAUAUAUAUACACUCAUAUAUAUAUGUAUGUAUAUACAUCUACACAUGUAUAGGAAUUUAAAUAUAAAUGGAGAAAUAUAUUCUGAACUAUAAGUAUUUAUGUGUAAAUGCAUAACAGAUAAAACUGGAAGCUCUUCCUUGAUCCAUGUUCUCUUAUUCAACAAUGUAUUAUCUACAAAUAAUAUGACAGGAGAACAUUCUAACACAAUGAUCUACUGACAAAUGUAUAGAAGUAAAAAUAUCUAUAUAUUAAUAGCUCAAAGGAAAUAGUCAUUAAAGUAAUUAAAAAUGAGCAUACCAUACGAUGAAAAUUUGAUAUGGAUAGUAGUGGUUGGAUUCAUAGUGGCCUUUAUUUUGGCAUUUGGAAUCGGAGCUAAUGAUGUUGCAAAUAGUUUUGGAACAAGUGUUGGUGCAGGAGUACUUACAAUAUUCCAAGCUUGCAUUUUGGCAACAAUCUUUGAAAUUGCUGGAGCUGUACUCAUUGGCUAUAAAGUUUCUGAUACUAUGAGGAAAGGUAUACUAAAUGUGACAUUAUACGAAGGCCAUGAAAAAGAAUUAAUGGUAGGAGCAUUAUCUAGUUUAGCUGGAUCUGGUAUCUGGUUAAUACUAGCAACAGCAUUGCGAUUACCUAUUUCUGGAACGCAUUCCAUUGUUGGUGCUACAGUUGGUUUCUCACUUGUGUGUAAAGGUACUGCAGGGGUCAAGUGGGUAGCUCUUGCAAACAUAGCAGCAUCUUGGUUUGCAAGCCCUGUACUUAGCGGAAUUGUAUCAGGUGCUAUAUUUUGGGUUCUAAGAAAAUCAGUACUUCAAUCUAGUAAGCCUUUAGAACAAGGUCUUUAUAUUCUCCCAUUAGCAUAUGGACUUACUAUUGCUAUUAAUGUUAUAUCAGUUGCACAUGAUGGACCUAAACUUUUGAUGUUAGAUCAAGUGCCAUGGUGGGGUAGUGUACUUGCUGCAUUAGGUUGUGGUUUAUUUUCAGCUGCAAUUGUUUAUUUAUUUGUUGUACCAUGGCAAAGGAAAAGGAUAUUACUUUCAUUAAGUAGCAACAAAAAAACAACAACUAAGUUUGGUACCUGUGAUAAAAAAGAAACAACAGCAUUAUCUGUUAUUUCUGAAGUUCCAAGUAGUAGUAAUAGUAAUGGUAAUGCAAAAGAAGCAGCGCCAAAAUUACGUGGCAAUAGCAGUGCCAGCCCUCUCUUAAUGGUAGCAGGAUCAGACAUUGAAGGAACUCAAACUGAAAUUGAAAAAAAAAACGAAGAACCACCAGAAGUAUCUCAACUCUUUGCUUUUUUGCAAGUAUUAACUGCAGCAUUUGGCAGUUUUGCUCAUGGUGGUAAUGAUGUUAGUAAUGCAAUUGGUCCACUUAUUGCACUCUGGGCUGUGUAUGCAGAGGGAUCAGCUAAGCAAGAAGCAGAAACCCCACUGCUUAUAUUACUUUAUGGUGGUUUAGGAAUAUCGACUGGUCUUUGGGUAUGGGGACGUAGAGUAAUACAAACUUUAGGACAAGAUUUAGCACGGAUUACACCAACUACUGGAUUUACUAUAGAGGUAGGAGCAGCAGUAACAGUUUUGUUGGCAAGUAAGGCUGGUUUACCUGUGUCAACAACUCAUUGUAAAGUGGGAUCUGUUGUCUGUGUGGGAUGGGCUUCGCGAGGUGGUGAGGGAGUUUCGUGGAAGUUAUUUCGUAAUAUUGCAUUUGCAUGGUUAAUUACGGUGCCAGUGGCUGGCUGCUUGUCUGCAGGAUGUAUGGCUAUCUUUAAGGAAAUAAUUAGUUUGUGACUUUAAUGCCAAGGCAACUAAUCCAUUUUAGUGAAAACCAUCCAAUGCUACUGUUGUCAAUAAUUUAUGCAAAAAUAAAGAUCAAAUAUAAAUUGACUUAGUUAUUUUUUAUCUAUAAAUAUAUUAUGUAUUCAAUUAUAUAAUUUUAUAGUUAAAAUGAUAAGUAAUACAACGAUUAAAGUACUGUUAAAUCAAUAUAAAA